CGCCGCGCCGUGCGACCUUGCCAUCUUCUCCUCCUCCUCCUCCGUCGUUGCCGCCUCCCUUCUUCCUCUCACUCUCGACCCGCACCAUGGCGCCAAGGAAGUUCUUCGUGGGCGGGAACUGGAAGAUGAACGGCGACAAGAAGAGCCUCGGGGAGCUCAUCAAGACCCUCAACGGGGGCAAGGUCGCCGGGGACGUCGAGGUUGUUUGCGGCGCUCCCACCAUCUACCUUGACUUUGCCCGCCAGAAGCUUGAUGCCAAGUUUGGUGUGGCUGCACAGAACUGUUACAAAGUGUCCAAGGGGGCUUUCACAGGAGAAAUCAGUCCUGCCAUGAUAAAGGAUAUUGGAGCUACCUGGGUGAUCUUGGGACACUCUGAGAGAAGACAUGUCUUUGGCGAGUCAGAUGAGCUUAUUGGGCAGAAGGUGGCCCACGCCUUGGCUGAGGGUCUUGGUGUCAUUGCCUGCAUUGGGGAGAAACUGGAUGAGCGAGAGGCUGGCAUCACAGAGAAGGUGGUGUUUGAACAGACCAAGGCUAUUGCUGAUAAUGUGAAGGAUUGGAGCAAAGUAGUUCUUGCCUAUGAGCCAGUUUGGGCCAUUGGAACUGGCAAAACUGCAACACCCCAACAGGCCCAGGAAGUUCAUGAGAAGUUGCGAGGCUGGCUGAAGAGCCAUGUAUCUGAUGCUGUUUCGCAAUCAACGCGAAUAAUCUAUGGAGGCUCAGUCACUGGUGCCACUGCCAAAGAACUGGCUUCUCAACCUGAUUUGGAUGGCUUUCUUGUUGGUGGAGCCUCUCUCAAGCCUGAAUUUAUAGAUAUAAUCAAUGCAAAACACUGAAAUCUACCAUACAGUCAAAAGCUGGGGAGUGCCAUCAUGGUGUGGAGAUAGAUACUGUAAAAAUAAAUGCCCAGCCUCUACAUUCAAGAGCAGUGGCCUCAACCUCCAACCUGUUUCCGUACACUUGCUGUUCUUUGUCCAAUUCUGCUGCUGAACACAAUGGUUGCAAAGACAUGCAUUGGUUAGUCUAGAGCCUUGGUCUAGUCAGAGCUUUUUCCACUUCCUUCUAUUUGUGAGUGGGAUUUCUUGCUCUUAUCCCCAUAAGUUGUUUUCUAACCAGUGUCUGUGUUGUUGUUGUAGGCCCACCUGCCCCUUUGAAGAAGGGAUAUUGAUUCUUGUUUUCAGCCAGUUUAAAGCCAGUGCUCAGUGACCUGUGUUGUUUGUACGCUGUAUGUCUGUUUCAUGUUCCAUAAGCCAACAAUGAACGGAAAUAAACAAAGGGAAAUCAA